CUGUGCAGUGAGAGGACAGGGAGCGUCGUCGCCCGGUCUCCCAGCACCACGCCACGCCGCUGGCCUCCAUCGCACCUGCUUCGCGAUCGCUUCCCGAAGGAGUGGAUGUAACGACAGCUGUCCGUGGUGGUCUGUGAGCUUUUUUUUCUUUUAAUUAUGCGGGUGCGGACAAACCAGGAUGUGAGGUGUACUUAGAAAAAAGGAAAAAGAUCUUUUUCUGUUUUACAACAGUGGAAAAGGAGAGAUUUAAAAAUAAUAUUGAAAGUUAUAUCUUGAAGAGGAAAUAAUAAUAACCUCCUUGUAGUGUUCAUUCUUUACGGAAAGGGAAAGAGUGAGAGAAUUUAUUUUGAAAAGAUAUCAAAAAGCUUCCUUCGAAAAGCAAGGCUUCCCGGAUGUAUUUUGUUUUUGUUAUUGUAUUCCGAAUUUCGUGGAUCCUGAAAAGUGAAAAAUCUGUUUUUACACACUGAUACAACCCAUUAGUAAAGUGUUGUGAAAGAGAGGAAGAAAAAAAAAAGCAAUUUGAUAGAUCAUAAUUACAAUACAGUAGCAGCCCUCCUGUCGGGGAGAUGCCCAAGCCGGUGGGGUUGAGUGUAUAAUAAACCCAAGUUGAUUGCAACAGUUAUGGAUAACCGAAGGCAUCUGCUUCUGCUCCUGGCGGCCUGCUUAUUCAUCUCUACCCAUGGACAAGCAGGCGCUCCGACGGUGACCAGGGCGGGGGGCAACGUGACCCUGGCCUGUCCUGCCGCCCGGGAUACGUACGUCCUGCUGCUGGAGUGGCGGUGUCGUGGGUGCGAGCUGCCCUCUGACCCCGUGGCGCCGCACGAGGUCAGCCUGGUGGAGUACAGGUCAGAGUCGGUGACCUUGUUCCACCACGAAUCCCGGAUGUCCCUUAACCCGACCAACUACAGCCUGUCGUUCCGGCCUGUGCUCGCCUCCGACUCCGGAACCUACGUGUGCCGCGUCAACAACCGAGAUGACUCUGAGCUUCCCAUCAAGCUCAUCGUGCAAGACGUUCCCGACCCCCCCGGCCGCCCACUGAUCCUUGGCUUCACCGCCCGCUCCGUCAACCUCUCCUGGACGCCCUCGCAGGACACCCAUAACUCGCCCAUUUCGCACUACAUCAUCCACAUCAGGGAGGGCGAGGAUGGCCACUGGGACGUCGACAACGGCCACGCCACCACCAACAACUCGACCCAAUUCACGGUGGACGGCCUCUCGCCCUUCACCGUCUACUCCUUCCGGGUGGUGGCCGUCAACUCGCUGGGGAUGAGCUCGCCCUCCAAGGAGUCCUACUACAUGGUCACGCUGCGGGAGUUACCUGAAGGAAAACCGAUCUUCACGGCGGCCCACAACGCCUCCUCCACCAGCCUCCAACUGCACUGGAAGCCCCCCAGCAGGAGCACCAUCCACGGCGAGUUCCUGGGCUACAAGAUCACGCUGAAGCCCAGAGACGUCCCCGAUGCGCGUCAGGACCAGAUUGUUCGAGUUACUAUUAAGGACCCGACCGUCACGAAUCACGUUGUACAGAAUCUCCGCACCUACACACAGUACCUGGUGUCCCUCCAGGUCUUUAACCCUGAGGGGGACGGACCUUCCUCCACGGUGGCCGUCAUGACCGACGAAGGGAUGUUCAGAGGUCUUGAACAUUCUGAGACUUAUUUUAAGGAGCGUGAGCUAAACAGCUGGGUAAACUUGAGGUUAAACCGCACGGCUUGA